UCUUAGCUUGCUCACGCGCAGUUUAUAAAACUAGUUGCAUUCCCGCGCCGCCUCUCAUUCCGUUGACAACGAUCUCUGCUGACGGUCGAUAGCGCGCGCAACCAUGGCUAAAGAAGACAUGUACAAGGCCAUCCUUUACAUACUAAACGUUCUUUACGCGGUGUUCGGGAUAGUGACAGCUGCCACGGGAAUAUGGUUCUUUGUGCAAGUGACUGAGUUCGUCAGUUUGAGGAACACCAACCAUUAUCUGCUGGACUACAGAGUGUACUGGCCGCAGGUAGCGCCAUGGCUCUUUAUUUUGCUGGGCGUCUUCAUCCUGUCUAUUGCCUUCUGCGGCUACUGCGGAACCCAGAAGGAGAGCAGGGGCAUGCUCGGUAUUUAUGGGAUCUUCCUAAUCCUGAUUAUUCUUGGACAAGCCAUCGCUGCUGUGCUGAUCUUCGUGUUCGUUGAUGGCGAAUACACCGACACCUUCGUCAAGGAUAUCGUCUACGAUGGUUACUACAACUCGCAAUCCAACCCUGAUGUGUUCAAAGCUUUUGGAAGAAUCGAACGGAAACUCAAGUGCUGCGGUGCCAACGACGCUAGAGACUACAGAAGCUGGAGGAACGACCUUCCCCUGACCUGCUGCCUGGAUUCCUACUACCGCGCCACCUGUGAGUUCACCGAUAAAGAAGCCAACGAAAGAUUGGGAUGUGCUAAAGUGGCCUCAGUUUACACUAAGAUCAUCAGUUCCGUUAUUGCUGGAGUGUCCUUGCUCAUGUCUUUGCUGGAAAUCGUAAGUCUUAUACUAGCAUGGAAGCUAUUUAAUGCACUAGGUGAAGUAGAACAUUAUAUAACAGAAAGAAAAGAGGGAGAAACGGAAUGCUAGAGUCAGUAUUAGACCUCGAACGUCACAAUUUUAAAUCGACUCGAAUCGAAGCUCGAAACAAUGCAGCUUUUACCGAUAAAGUUUUUUUUAUUUCAUUUAAGAAAUGAGGUUUCCAUAUCUCCUCACCGGAGGAUAGCCACGAAUCUUUGUUUCUCAACUUUACUAGGUUAAGUUUUAAGUUAUGUUGGAGACAUUCCAUUGGACUCGCGCGUUGAUCUGAUAGUUGUUAAUUGGUUGAACUCAUGUGACAGCCACGCCCUAAGGUCAGAGUGUACAUUAAGACUGUUCAUGUGGACUAAAUCGUUUCCUCCUUAACUCAAUGAAUCAUUACCUGACUCACAAUAAAAGUCAAUUGUAAAGACUUGGUCUAUCAGACGACCUCGCGCUCCCACCAAGUGUCGCAAGCGUGACGCGUUAUUAAGUAGUUGUACGUAUACAUUGCUGGUGUAGCUAUGUUAUUUGUAAGUGGAGUCGGUAUGUGAGCGUCGUUGGAUGUGGCUUCUGGUGUAUCUCUCGAUGUUUCUCAAAGGUUGUCUAUGAGAAAAGUGUGACCUCAAUAAGGUACUCGCGGUUUUGACAUCUUGUUAGAUGUGCGUAUCUAAUGUUUUUCUGAGGUGAACAGGGGGUUAAGUAGCUACAAUGGUAGCUGUAAUAUGAUUAUAGCUUCAUGUUUAUUUAUCGUAUAAUACGUAUGGGAACUCCGUCGCGUUGUUAACGGAAGUUGUAGCAGAUAGCGGUUUCACUUUCUAAUCGUAUUUCCCUUAAUAUAUAUUCAAAGCAUUUCGUGACAUUUUGUAUUGCUUUUUAAAUGUGUAUUCAUAUUCUGACCACACUCGUAUAUAAGUUAUUUAUAGUGCUUACAUUAGCAUAACAUUGUUUCUAGUUUUGUUAUAGGUAUUAUAUGUAUAUCUGUAUAUGUGUAUACUAAUAUACUUUUGAUUCAUGCAUGACUCAUUCCAUUAUAUUUAAUGCAUUUAUGCAUCAUUGCAUAAUAUCUCAACUCAAUAUUAUGAAGCACUACUUUGUUUAUUACAUUACAACACACAAAGGACAAUAGUAACGGUGGACUUAUCUCUAAAAGAAAUCUCCUCCAGCCUUGCUGAUUGUGAAAGGAAGUUAGCAAUUAUAAAAGCU